GCGGCUUUAUAGUUAUUACCAUCGUGGUUCGGCUUUGUUUUAGUAUUGAUUAUACUAGGAAAUUGUUCAAAAAUAUAAAUAUCCUAAUCGAAUUAAAUAAUAAUGAAUUUUGACGAAGAUGCUAUUCUAUAUUUGAUUUUAUUAUUUACAUGGGUGGAGUAUCUAUGGGAACAAUAUCUCUCCCUUCGACAGUUAAAGAUUUACAAAACUAAUAAUACCAUCCCAGAAGACUUGAAAGAAAUGCUCAAUGAGGACUUGUUUAAGAAGGCACGACUUUAUGGAAUUGAUAAAGCGCAGUUCAAAAUAGUCAAGGAACUGUACAGUACAAUACUAACAUCAGUAAUAUUGUACAAUAAAUGGAUCUAUGUUGCAUGGAGGAAAAGUGAACAAAUUGGAGCAAUGUUCAACAUCUCUCCAGAUAGAGAGAUAAUUAUAAGUUGCAUUUUUAUGACAUUUAUUACAUUGUUCAACUUUAUUGUUAACAAACCAUUUACCAUUUAUGGUGUGUUUGUUCUUGAGGAACGACAUGGAUUUAAUAAGCAAACUGUACGAUUCUUUAUUAAGGAUCAAAUAAAAUCACUAUUUUUAAGUUUAGUGAUUACAUUACCAAUAAUAUCUGUAGCAAUUUAUAUAAUAAUGCUUGGAGGAGACAUGUUUGUGGUGUGGCUAUGGCUAUUUACUACUGUUGCAACACUCCUACUGUUAACAUUAUAUCCAACAGUCAUAGCCCCACUGUUUGACAAAUUUGUACCUCUACCUGAUGGAUCGCUCAGGACAGCAAUUGAAAAUUUAGCAUCAAGAUUGAACUUCCCAUUAUCACAAGUUUUUAUAGUUGAAGGUUCAAAACGAUCAGCACAUAGCAAUGCUUACUUUAGUGGCUUAUUUGGUGGAAAGAGAAUUGUAUUAUUUGAUACUUUAAUUGAAAAAUUUGAUGAACAGAAGCAAGUGACCACCGGAUGUACGGAGGAUGAGAUAUUAGGGAUUUUAGCUCACGAACUCGGACAUUGGAGUUGUAGCCAUAUCUACAAAUCAAUUGCUCUCACUGAAGUGAACCUAUUACUAUUAUUUAGUGCAUUUGGAAUCCUCUUCAAGUAUUCAACGUUAUACACAGCACUGGGCUUUCCAUCAGGUCAAGAACCAAUACUCAUUGGCUUGAUUGUAGUUUUACAAAUGAUUUUAGCACCAUACAAUUCCAUACUUUCAUUCUUUUCAACGGCUGUCUCUAGAAUGUAUGAAUUUGAAGCUGAUAAUUUUGCUGUUUCCUUGUCUUAUCCUAAUGAAUUACGAUCAGCUCUCAUUAAAUUGGGAAAAGAUAACUUAGAUUAUCCAAUUUAUGAUAAGCUCUACUCUGCAUGGUAUCAUUCUCAUCCAACCUUAUUACACAGAAUCGAAAAUAUUAAGAGCCAAAUAACUGCAAAAAGAUCUGAAUGAUUCAUUAUUAGAUUAUAAAAAAACAUAAGGUCCAAAAUGAGAACCUCCAUAUUGAAGUCAAAAAUAAGAGCUAUUCUAGUACAAGUAGACAUUGUUACUAAAUCCCUACAUUUUUUUAACUCUUUUCUAAACCAAAUAAUUCCAAUGCAUUUUGAACAUUGCAUUUAAUCUAUAAACUCUAAUAACGUAGACAUCAGUGUGUAGUACUAUGUUCAUAAAUAACCAUGCAUUAAAAAAAAGAAAUUACAUUAUAAGUUGUAGUGCACAAUUAGUAGUAAUUUUUUUGUAAUAAAUGUUAAAAUGAAA